AUGGAGAAUAGUCGGGAGAGGCAGUUAUAUCAGACGCUUAAGACACGAUAUGUGGGACUCGGCGAUGCAGAUACCACUAGGGGGGAGUAUUUAGAGAAUGUCAAGCGGGACACCCUGACGAGUCUUGUUGGACAUGACUGCACGUUAACACAGAUUAGUUAUGCAACGGGCAAGACCAAGAGUGAGGUAAGGUUUGAAAUUUUAAAUAAAAUGUGUGGUGGUUAUAAAGAUGGUAAAUAG